ACAGGUGGGCACAACUGGUUUCCAUUCUCCUCCAAGGCCAAGAAGCUUGAUGACGGCACCAUUCAAGUGUUACGAUAUGGGGCCUGGGUAACAAGUGGAGGUUUUGCAGACUUCUACGUGGUUGAAUGCACAAGCCCAUCGUUUGCUGGCGACUUCAUGAAUCUCAGUCUGUUUCUUAUGUUCAAGGUAUAAGCAAUAUCAACUGAUACUUAAAACCUUAAGUACAUUCGAUCCCAAACAUUUCCCCGUGUCCUUCUUCUACGGUACGGAUGAUGACAAUUUAUUUGCUAAUCAAAAUAUAUAUUUGAUCAUCAUUUUUCUUGAUUCUCAAGACCAUUGUAUUUGAUUAAGCAGUGAUCUUAUGACAAGACAGUUACUCGACACAUAAAUUCCUUAGCUGCGUACUUUGAGCCCCUGAGAAACCUCCAAGUGCACAGGAGCCGUUUAGUAAAAGAGCAAAUUCUACGUGCUUUUUGAACAGACUAAUACGAACAUGAUGGCUUAUUCGCGGAAUGUGUCUUUUUUAAUAGGACCAGGUUCGUUCCAGCACUGAUGAGUGGUCAGCACUUGGAAUGCGCGGUAACCAUUCCAGCCCUGUUGUAUGUGAAGGAGUUCUGUCUGCGGACAGGCUUGUUGGGUCAUUUGGUAAGUUAGAGUUCACUUCGCGUCAUAAAUGUAGUGAAACGUUAGCAAAGUAGAAGAAGAACUUCAGUGGGAUCCUUCAAGAGAGAAAUUAAAACCAUUGCGUUGAGCGCUACACUUUCCUGGGGUUCUACUUAUAAAGCUUUGCAAAGUUGUCAUGUCUUUUUAAGUGGACAGGAAAGCUAAGACGUGCUCUACCAAUGGAGUGGAGAUAUAUAUAGCUGGUAUAAAAAGAGCUUCGUCCAUUUUAUCAGGAUCCACGAUGUUCUAUACCAUUUUAUCAUAAGUGCGACAAGACUAUUUGUUUUUGUCGAGGCUUCUUUGUAGUGAAAUCAUACGGAGUGGGGAUGGCGCCUGGGAGGGAAGAGGGCGGGAGGGGUAAGGGAGGAGGAGGAAGAACUAGAACGGUGGGGAUAGUAGGGAAAUUGGGGAAAUUACGCAACAAUGUUUAAUACUCACAAUUAAAAAAGGGUGAAAGAGAUGAAGCCGAGAAAAAAUGCGGCUGAAGGCGAGAGAAUUGGACCCCCUGCUUCCAUUCACUCGCUCCCACUUUUUUACUUAGGAGCUUCACUACUCACCCAUUUUUAAAACAAAACAAUGAACGGGAGUUUUAAAUUCUUCAACAGGUGAAUUUCCCUUGGCUGCUCAUGAAGUCAUUGACCCAUACUUCCUGCUAUACUCCUCGGCCUGUUGGAACGGUUUAGCAUUGGGUACCAUUGAUGUCGCUAAAAAACACGUGAGCAGAACAGAACAUGCUGAUUCAGGCCUGCGCGUGGCCGAUUAUCCCAUUAUACAGGUAAGAGAUCAUGUGCUCUUGACAAUGCUUGUCCAAUCUGUCCAAUCCCUUUUGAGUGAUUUUUGAUUAGCUCUGCACUUUUAUUUGCUGCGAAUUUCAAGGAGACCACGACAAUUUGUAGAAGCAAACUAAGUUUCUAUAGCUCUUCAAGGGUCAGAAGCACUACCCGGAUCUAGGUAGUGACGCGUAAUCAGUAUGAAAUUUCUGCGCUCGUUUCUCCGACGUCAUUUCGCAGGAAAACAAACCGUGGCGUUGCGAAAUGUCGGCUGUUUUCUCAAGCUUUCCGAAAACUGCAAAAUAGAAAAUAAAGACGAAUAGUACUGCUGAUAGCUGAACUCAAAAGCUACAUAUAUACGACCAUCUUGAACAGCUCGAUGAACGAUACCAACGGAAAGUAUUUCUCUCCCAGUAGUGCACCUGAAAUCUCCGCGCCACAUUCUCGAACCAUCCAUCCAUCGUAAGAGCAAAACCUAUCUACGGCACAACUAGAAGUCCAGGGAAGAUCAAAGGUUUUGAAGUUUAAUUUUGACUGAAUUCACUCCUUUCUUUGUAUUUUAUUUCAGGAUUAUUUUGGCAAAGCCAUCACUGAAACAAACAGCUCGCGGUUGAUGCUUUUUAACGUGGCGAAGGGAAUGGAUGGGGUUACUAACAACAACGACUGGUCUAUUUACAAAGAACCCAUGACAGCACCGUGGUAAGUAGUGCAUCAUUACAACAAGUCAACAAAUCACUUUCUCAACUGACACUUAAUCAUAUAAUUUCACGACAAUUGCAACCAAAUUAGGACAAGAAAAUCUCCGAGGCAAUCUUAGCCAAGCAUCUGCCGGGCGACUAAUUCUCUUCGAUAACUAUGAAUCGUGAAUUUUUGGGUCCCGUAGAAAAGCUCCGAGCGUCUUCGAGUAAGUUUCCAAGAAGAUCGAGAGUUGCCAGCUAAUUAGUUAUUAAUCGUUGCAAGUUUUUACAAAUCUCUGCAAUAGCCCGGCUAAACUUUGUAACGUUUUAACGUUGUUUUCUCCCCCCCCAGCGCGAAUUAGCGGAUUAGUUUCAUUUGCAGUAAGAUCGAAAUAAUAAAUGAGAGGGGAGGCGAGGGGGGGAGGGGGGGCUGUUUGACUACUAGUGAUUUGAAGUGUGGAAGCUAUAAGUCAUUAUGUUUUGGAGGGGAAAUAGGGGGCUUCCGCCGUCCUGUAAAUAUCCAUCGAGAUGGUUUGCUGUCGUAGUCAGCCAUUAACAAGAUAUGCGUGUUAAGAAAUGUACACUUAAAUCUUUUUAUGCUCGUUAACUGGAACAAGGAAGGGCGCCUGAUCGCAACUGAUCGCAGUUUUGUCUACUUUUCUUUACUUGGUCUUUUAACACUUUGCAUCUCUCUUGUCUCUCCUUCUUAUCUUUUCUUAUAGUCGAGGUCAGUUUCAUCACUGGUGUUUUCAAGUCAAAAUAAAAGCUGCCGCAAAUGUAUCGUACGUCGCAGAUGAGAUGUUGCAUGCCUGUGGAGGAGUUGGUUAUAAGAAAGAACUUGGUAAGUCUGUCAGGCUUAGAAACUCUUUCUCGAAUCUUCUUCGCAAAUCUUCGAACAUGGUCGGAAAUCUUCGGAAACUUUGAAAAACGAUUGAAGAUGUCUAGAUUUCCUUCGGACAAUGUUCUUUAGCUUAUCAAGCUGACGGAGGUUAGAUCUUUGGAAAAUAGCAAAGCCAAUCGUUGUGGUUCAAGAUAAAACUGAGUACAAAAAAAAUACAUAAUGGACUGUUGUUCAAGUGUAAUUCUGUGCUGUACGGUUAGAAAGAUCCGAGGUAGUAGAUUCUUUUACGAUUUCUUAAGCUCGUGUAGUUUUAACGUGUGAAAUGUUCCUUUACAGGUUUGGAGCGCUUGCUACGCGACAGCAAAGCAGGAUGGUUAAUGGGGGCCAGCAAUGAGGUGCUGAGACAGAUUGUAGGAAAAACGAGCCUGUUUGGUCUUAAUGCGAUAGAUUUUUGGUAAGAAAAUAAUCGAUCCAGGAAACAUGCACUGUCUUUUGCACCUUCCGAAGCCUAAGUCAGCCCAUUACAAUUCUGUCUUGUUUUAAAUACUUGAUAUCCCACAUAAUUAAAAAGCUAAUUUAAAGCACCUUGUACUGUUGCGCAACUUAGUAUCUCCCAUUUGGGAUUCUAUCCGCAGACGCAAAUGUUAGAGCCACCUUGUAGAGCAUUUUAGGGACUUUAAGAUCCGAAGACGGCGACACGAACAUCAAAAAAGCAAUAGGUUUAGUAACCAAAACAACAAUUUUGCACGUGCGUCACGCUUUCUUGUACAUUACUUUGCCGUCACUGCACGACUACGACGUGAAAAUGCCCAAUUUUACGUUGUACAGAGGAUGUACACAAGCGACGACGAAAUUUCCUCUCUCUAUCUGAACUUGGAUAUGGUUCUUAGGAAUUCAACUUUGGUAGGGUUCACCCAAAGUUAGCGACUUGGAGUAAUCGGGGUGAAGAUUGAGAGAACGCGAAUUUACUUUUUCAGCGACGUUUCCUCUGCCGUCGCUGUCCUCGGAUCUUAAGAAACCACAGGAGAGUACUGCGCGAAAACGUUUAUUUAAAUGGUCACAAUUUGGGAUUUCAUCUAUAGAUUCAAAAGGAGUAAAGCCACCUUGGAAGUGUAAUAAACAAAAGCACAUGUAGGACUAGUUAGUGGCUUUUAGUUAAAUGGUCGCAUUUUUAGAAUCCCAUCAACCACCCAAUGAAAAGACUGCUAAGUUUUACCUUAAAUUGAUUUGUCGGUUCACUGUACUCAGAACUGAGACAUUGAACAAAACCACAUGUAGGAACAAACUACUUAUUUUUAGAGCCUUUCAACAAUUUUCUCUUUCAAAUCUCCUUUCAGGUGCAAAGUUUCUGAUGACCGCGUCCUUAACUUGGAGCUAAAGAAGCUAAGUGGUGACGCAAAGCGAGAACUGGCCAAGAAACUGCUUGCAGAGGCAGAAAUUGAAAACGCAAACGUGAAAAACCACAUCCAUCACUCGUACCAGGACUCGGAGUUUGAUAAUCCAUUCAAUACCAGUCCUCCAGCGACCCUUAAAUCUCUGGAUUCUACUAAUGGGUUUAAACUUGAACAGAAAACGUGUCUUAAACCGGAUGAGUUCAUCGCUUUAAAACUACUUUCCGUACAACCUCUUGCUGAAAUGGUUGCAGAGUACACCUUUGCGUUGCCCCAGGCCUCUGACCUUACGGGAUGCUUUCCUGGUCAGUACGUUCGAGUGAGACUGGGAAAAAAUCAGCGGUUUCUCUCACCAGUGUCACGCGCUAAGGAACCUGGAAAGAUUUCACUGUUGCUGAAGCUUGAAACACACGGAAUGUUCUCGAACUCAAUGCGCUGUCUCGAAGUCGGUAAGAAUUUAACCUGAGAUCAGGCCCAAUUUGAGCGGUUCUCAUACAUUCUCUCUAACGAAAAUAGAGCCUGAUCUCAGGUUAGUAAGAAUUGUAUGAUCGAACAUAUUCACCAGCAUAAGGCGUCGCUAAUUGUAGUUCUGCCUAAUGCUUGCUAUACUCCAAAAGCCAUACUGCUCAAUAGCUUUUUGUUUGAGUUGUCACAUCACAUUACAGAAUUUUUUUGACAAAAAUGAAUUUCAUUUCAGAGCCAUCUUGACUUAAUAGGGUUUUCCUUCUGAGAAUUUUCUCUGUUUUAAAGGUUGGAACUACUUUGUAUAGCAUCAAACAGCACAAUAAAAAAACUGCAAAGAAGAGUUCAUUUAAACUAACAGUCUUGGUAUUUUCUUUUGGUAAGAACUUACAGUUAGACCAAAUGAGUCAUCGUGCACAUUUUCCAAGAAAAAACACAAAUUAACAUGACAUGCUUUUUACAACCUUUUUUCUUUAACCCUUUAAGCACUAAGGAUGAUCAGCAUGAAAUUUCUCCUUAUAAUAUCAAUGCUUUAGAGAACGGAUUGGUCAUGAGAAUUGAGUACAUGAUCAGGGAAGAUGAGUCUAAUUGACAUUUCAACAAUUUCUCCCCACCACUUCUAUUGAAAAAGUAUAGGGACAAUAAGUGAGAAUCUCAAUUUUCAUAUCAGGGUUUAGAGGGUUAAACCAGUUCAUCGAGCAUCAUUAAUCAUUUGAGGAACUUUCUCAAGCACGCAAAAGAAUAAUUAAACUGAUAAACAAAUAAUUCGGCCAAAAAGACUAGGUUAAACGUCGUUAAUUUUUGAAUUACUGCUCGCUUUUUUCAUAUCAUUUAAAACACUCCCUCUCGAGUUUUUUUGUGGUCACUUCACGGUGUUUGGAUGGAAUAUAAUAAACCCUCACUUCUGUUUGUCUUAUCAAUACAUUGUGUUGGGAUGUUUGAUGAAACAGUCUUUCUCGUGUUGGUUUAUCACUCCAUGAUGUUUGAAUAACAUGAAACAAUCCUUUUCAAUCGUGUUUGUUGUAUCUCUUCCUGGUCGUCGAAUAUCAGAUAUAACUCUCAGUUUUAAGCUGAUAUAUCGCCUCCGGUGUGCGAGAUAUUAUGUUUACAUACUUUCACUUCUUUGUUUUCAUCACUACAUGGUAUUUGAAUAUCAGACGAAACAUUCGUUAUCGUGUUCAUAUAUAACCUCACGGUGUUUGGAUAUCAUUUUAAUAAAUUUUCUCUCGUGUUUGUUUUAUCACUACGUACUUAUCGGUGUAAGAUAUCUUAUGUUUGAUUUAUUACAGAAAGUUCUAACGAUAUUAUUUCCUCAUUUACCAGAUGAUACUGCAGACUUCUCCGGCCCUUGCGGUGGAUACGAAUACGUACCCAACUCAACCAAAAACCUGACCUUGUUGGCAACCGGUAUGUCAUGCCAGCCUGCAGUCCAAAUAGUGCGCGAAAUAGUGGCUGAUCCGACUGAUAAAACCUCAGUAGUUCUCCUGAUCUACGCUGAAAAACCAGACGGUAUUCCCUACCAACAAGAAUUAAAGCAGUAUGCCAAGUACGACAAGCGAUUAAAAUUGUCGUUUACCGUCAGCGAGGUUGACCGCGAUGACUGGGAGGGAGGGCAGGGCUAUAUUGAUUCCAAGCUGCUAUCCACUUCCCUCCCUCCAUCAGAAGAAUCUAGUCAUCGGGUGAUAGUAUGUGGAGGUCCUCGAAUGGUCAUGGGUGUGCUCCAGGGGAUGAGAAAGCUGGGUUACUCAAGUGACCAGAUCUUUGUGUACGGACAGUUCGGUGUCCAGCAGAUUAAAGCCGUAUAUGGAAAGUUUUCAAAGUUAGCGCAGCACAGGGAGACCAACGACAGAGCAAAUCAUCAACAGGCAUGA